AUGUUUCAAUUAUCAAAUACGGUCAUUGGAGGACAAAUAUUCAGUGGAUUAUGUUUAACAAUUGGAUUAAUCGUAACAAUUUGUCAAAUGAAAAAGUCGAAGAAGAAGAAAUGCGAUGUGAAAAGUCUUGAUGAAUAUUCAUAUCGAGAACUUUUUCAUUUUUUUAUAAAUGAAGAAGAUCAUUAUGAUAAAAUUCAUUUGGCAAAAGAAUUUAGUGAACGAAUGCAUCGUCAAGCAGAAAUCUAUAUGAUGACCGAUCAUGAAGAUAAUUGUGAUUUUCCUGAUCAUUUUACUUAUAUUGAGUAUGAGAAAGAGAAAGUAAAAGAAAAAUUAGAUUACAUUAAUGAAAGAUUAUUCAAAGAGAAAUAUCUCGAUUGGUUAGAUGAAGGUCAACCAGUGACAUCAGAAUCUCGUUAUUGGUGGGCACAAACGAAAUUACAUUUAAUCACAUAUUUAAUUCAACGUCAACCAUAUCAUUUAACUGAUGGAAUUUGGUUACGUGGUGUUCCACAAGGACCAAUGUCAUCGAUUGAUGCCAAAUUAUUUUCAAUAUUUAUUGAUGAAUUAGGAAAUGGUGAUGAAAAACAAAAUCAUUGUAAUGUUUAUUUAAAUAUUUUAAAUGAUCUUUCAUUAAAUAUUCCUUCAAUUUAUUCAAAAGAAUUUAUUUGUCAAAAACAAAUCAUGGACAUUAGUUUUCAAAAACCUCUUUUAACUUUAACAACUUCGCUUUUUCCCAAAAAAUUCUAUCCUGAAAUUCUCGGUUAUACUCUCUGGCUUGAAACAACAUCAACAGCUGAACAUUCAACUUUAAGAAAACUUCUUGAACGAUAUAAUUUAAAUCCAAAAUUUUCUCUUCUUCAUACAACAAUUGAUAACAAUUGUAAUGGUCAUGGUCAAUAUGCGAGAGAUUGUGUUGAGAAAUAUCUCGAUGAUAUUUAUGAAAAACAAGGAUUAGAUGCUGUUAAACAACAUUGGAAAAGAAUUUGGAUUGGAUAUGUUGCAUAUGGAACAACAGGAGAAAUUUGGAAUGAUUUAAGAAAUUUAUUUCAUCAAAGUGAAGUGUUAUCACCAAGAGAAGAAUUUAUAAAAUUAAUUGAAAAGAAAAGUUUUUUCGCAAAGACAAUUCAUGGAAAUCGAAGAAUUUCUCCUGGUGAUCCUUUAUUAAAUGAAUUAUUUCGAACAAAUCAAGCUGAACAAAUUUGUUCUCAACUUGAAAAUUCUAAAUGGAUUGUUAAAGGAAAUCCCCGACAAAGUCGAUUUCUUAAUCAUGUUGUUUCAUUUAAUGGACCAAUGUAUCAAGUAUUCACUGCUGAUGAAUUAUCGAUCAUAUCACGAUGGAUCAUUUCUUUAUCACCAUCAACUUUGAAUGAAAUGCUUUCAUUGAUAUUAAAACGAAGGAAAUUAACUGAAAAUCUCGUCUCUCAUGUUAAACUUCAAUUACCUGAUGGAAAUGAAGAAUUUUUGUUGAAAUUAUUUCAAGGAAGUCCAUCUGAUUUAUUAUUAGCCUUUCGAGUAUCAAAAUGGAAUCUUCCUUCGGAUGGAUCAAAUGUGACAAAAGACAAUGUUAAUACGUGUCAACUGAUCAAAUCCAUUGAAAAUAAUGAAAUUCUUUCUCAAAUCUUCGAUAAAAAUGAUGAAGAUAUUUCCAUUAUUCGAAAAUGGAUUCUCGAUGGUUCACCAAUUCCGGAAGAAACUGAUGANGAAUUUUGA